AUGACUAAUGGGGAGAUUAGAGAGGCUUUUCUCUCCCUAGCCCGUGCCAUGACAACUCAAGCAAAUACAGAUGUGAGGCCUAGGGUGAAUGCUAUUGAGAGUAUUGUGGCCUCAAGGUUAAGGGAUUUCAAAAGGAUGAAUCCUCCUACCUUCUUGGGUUCUAAGGUAGAUGAGGACCCAAAAUUUUUUAUAGAUGAGGUAAUUAAGAUUUUGGAUGCAAUGGGAGUGACUCCUAGAGAGAAGGCGAAGUUGGCUUCCUACCAAUUCAAGGAUGCAGUUCAAGUGUGGUUUGAGAAAUUGAGGGAUGAGAGACCCAUAGGGGCUGACCCAAUAGAUUGGGGAUUGUUUAAGACGACCUUUCUUGAUAGGUUUUUCCCCUUAGAGUUGAGGGAGCAGAAGUUGGUUGAGUUCAUGAACCUACGUCAAAGGAAUAUGAGUGUGAAAGAUUUGGUUGAAGAAGAGUGUCGUACAGCCAUGCUCCAUCACGAUGUGGAUAUCUCUAGGCUUAUGGUUUAUGCUCAACAACUGGAGGAGACAAAGCUUAGAAGGAUGAAUACAUAUACGAGGAGGUUCUAUAACCAAGAUUUUUCAAUGGUCAACAAUGAUAGGGUGUCUAACCCUAACCUCAAAGAGGGAAUGGAGGUGGUUCUACUUUUGAGAGGCCUAGGUGUGCUACUUGUGGAAAGCAACAUUUGGGCAAGUAUCUUGUCGGUACGGAUGGAUGCUUUGGAUGUGGGAGUAAGGGUCAUAAGAUGA